CUGCCUGCAAUCUGUCUUUGGGAUAUUUUGAAGAGGCUGCCCCCGCCGGAGCUGUUGUCGGCGGCAAUGGUGUGCAAGGGGUGGAGGGAGACGACGAGGAGGCUGUGGAAGGCUGCGGAAAUGCUUAGGAUUAGGGUUCCGGCGAGGGCUCAGGUCGGGCUUGUUGGAUCGGUGUUGCAAAAGUGCCCGGGUCUCGUUAACCUCUCUCUUAGAAUGGAAAGUGAUGUGGAUGCAACAUUGCUGGCCUGGAUCACAUUUUCAUGCCCAAAUCUUGAAUUCCUGGAGAUCACUACUUCUGAAACGGCUAUCAAUCGAAUCACCGGUGAUGAGCUGGGUCGUUUUGUUGCUGAUAGACGAUUACUGAAAAGCCUUAAGAUGGAAGCUUGUUCUAAUUUAGGUGGAUUUGCUCUUUCUUCAUCAAGUCUUUCUACAAUUUGGCUUUCUGGUCUUCACUCCCUUUCUAAGAUGGUUUUUAAUUGCCCCAAUCUAAAAGAGAUUUCUGUAGACUUUUCUCGCCAUGAAAAUGAUAAUACCGAUCUUGUUACCAUGGUUGAUGCUCUGGGAAGGAACUGCCCAAGGUUGCAAAACAUACACAUUGCAUCAAUCCAGCUUUCCAAUGCUGUUGUUCUUGCCCUUACAGCUGCACAAUUAAGGGGGUUGAGAAUGCUUUCUCUUGUUCUUGGAUCUGAUAUCACUGAUGCUUCUGUUGCUGCCAUUGCUUCAAGUUACCCAAACUUAGAAUUGCUUGACCUGAGUGGAUCUAGCAUCACUGAUAGUGGCAUUGGAAUGAUUUGCAAUGUGUUCCCUGAUACUCUUUCAAGACUACUGGUUGCUCUUUGUCCUAACAUCAGUGCAAGUUUUAUUCAGUUCGCCACAGCUCAACUGCCUCUUCUUGAACUCCUGGACUGUGGCUUGACCAUAUGUGAUCCCAACUCUCUGGAUUCAACAUCUGAGGAAACCACUGGCUUUGAAUUGGCACAAACAUCCAAUGCUAAAGUACACCUUAGUUACCAGAAGCUGAUCAUUAAACAUGGCCGGCUGAAAAAACUCAGCUUGUGGGGCUGUUCUGGCUUAGAUGCUCUAUAUUUAAACUGCCCCGAACUUAAAGAUCUGAAUUUGAAUUCUUGCAAAAAUUUGUAUCCAGAGAGAUUGGUGCUUCAGUGCCCCAAUUUAGAAAAUGUGCAUGCAUCAGGUUGUCAAGAAUUGUUGAUUGGGGCCAUCCAGAGCCAGGUCAAUAAUAACUUUGCUGGUGUGGAUAGCUUAUUACCAUGUAAGCGUCUAGCCGAUGGCUCAAAGAGGGUUCGGGUGCCACAUUUUCUUAGUGCACAGUCAUCCGAUGACGAUAAGAAGCGAAGAAGGGUUGAGAGGCCGAAAUGCAAUGUGCUUGUGUUCUGAAUCUGAUCACAUGUCCUGGGACAUUCCCGUUGCUCUUGUUUGUUGCCAUAUUGGUUUCCCAAGGCUGCUGUAUUUUUGUAAACAAUAACUUUUAUAUUUGAUCCUAAUCAUUGUAGGGGGCGCUGGUGUCUUGUAGAAUUACCUUUCCUUUAAGGAAACUGGAUGUUGUUUUACCCUCAAACUGAUGAUAGUCCAAGACUCCAAAUUGGAGGGACACAUUAAAUUAAUUAGCCCAACUAGGAUUUACAAACCUCAUUUCAAAUAAAUUGUUUAUGUUUCAAUCAUGAA